CCCCAGACCAGACCAAACGCGUUUCACUGACACGGAGCUUCACACUGACCGCUGCCUCUCAAACGGGAGACCGUACAAAAGAGAAAAGUUUGAUGGUGGACUGCGGGAUCCUAACAUACGUGGAGAUAAAUCCCAUUCAUCGCUUUCUGGGGCGUGAUACGCUUCUAUUCAUCAACCCACGAGGACCUUUGUUGAUUUUACAAGAACCCUUUCAAUCUGGGACGCCUGAGUGGAAUAAACCAGCAGAGGGGGAUUCCGGGUGAAGAAGGAGAAGAGGGAUUAGGGGCUUAUCCUGGACAUGAACAAUCCUUAAGGAGCCUCCGUCUAGCUGUACUAUUGCCCAGAUUAUUACAUUUAAGUUAUUGCCUUUUAAAGACCCUUUAUCUUUCCCGGGGGAUUCCUGGCGAGCGGGCCGCUGGAUUUGAGUAUCUUUAAAAUCAGAGGAUCAGGAGCAGAAGCCGGUGGGAGUGGAGGAGCAUGAGAAGAUACAAGCAGGGAUAAAGCAACAAGCCUCCCUGUCACCUUACACUUCAGCAGGGUGCAGGUCAAGGGUCACUGAAUGAACUUGGAUUGGGAAAGAAUGCGAUCACAUUGAUUACACAAAUUUGAUUAAGAGCAUGUAGCAGCAGACUCUCUGGACCUUACUAAAGAAGGAGCACAUGGUUUCAGUCCUAAACCACAAAGAUAUCUGCAGCCCGAGCUGAAUUUAUUUCUGAGCUGAUUUUUUUUCAGAAGCACAAACCCAGAACAACUGUGAAGCCCAGAAUCUUUGACCGCAUAUGCAGCAGAGGUUUUCAGGAAUUGGAGUCAUGCAUAUUUUCAGCUCGCAUUUAUCUUCACAGAAUCUUUCUGGAUAUGAACAAAGACCUAUGGCCAAAAUGGGACAUAGCUGAAUGCUUCUGCCUUUUGAGAAACUUCUUAGCAAAAGAAACUUUCCACUCAACUGCAGUUGUCAUUUUGCCGGGAUAUUUUAAAGCUGGAAGGUUGAUACGUGUAUAGUUAGCUUUUUUACAGUCUUCUCACAAUUUUUUAAAACAAUUUUUGUGGAUAUUUUCUUACUGACUCUGGAAAUUUGCAGUCCGUACCCAGAGAAGCCAUGAACUUGGGCAAGCUCGCUGGCCUGAAGGGCCUGGUUUCCCACUCCUCAGGAAAGCGCAAAUUUAAAGGUGACCUCACCCCAGACAUGAUCAGCCCUCCAUUGGGUGACUUCCGCCACACCAUGCAUGUGGGCCGUGGAGGGGACGUGUUUGGGGACACCUCGUUCCUCAGCAACCAUGGUGGAGCAGGAAAUAACGCAGAUGGAGACUCCUCCUCCACUUCAGAGAAGAAUGAGGGAUUCUUCUCCCGCACGCUUCGCCAUGUCCGCAAGACCCCCGACAGGCCCCGUGGCGGUUCCAAGGAUCUUUCGCCUCCACCUCCACCCAUUUCUCCAAUCAUUAAGAAUGCCAUUUCCCUCCCCCGGCUGGACGUGGACUCACCCAACGGCUGUCCUGUGAAAGUGCUUUUCCCUAGUCCACCCAAAACACCAGACAACUCCACUUACCUCUAUGGUUUGGAGUCUGGCUUUGUAACCUUGCCGAGACUGUCCCGCACUGAGCGUCCAGCCCAGGGCAGUUCUUCCUCAGCCUGCCCGCCUGAAAUCCACAGAGGCUCUCUCACAGACACUGGUAUCCCGUCCUUCCCCUGCUCAGACUCCAUCAGUCCCUCUGACUCCAUGAACUCCUUCACACUUGAUCUGGGCCCUUCCCUCAUGUCUGAAGUCUUUGCCAUGAUUGACAGCCCUGUGUGUGAAAAGGCCGAUCCCAUCAGUGAAAAAACACAGUCCACCGAUGAUAACUCCGAAGUGGACUCGGACGCAACCACGUCCUUGGUGGACUCUCUCCUGAGAGAAGACGACGACGGUAGGACACGCUUGUAUGGAGGAGAGUGGAAGCAUUCAGACUUUGUAAAUGGUGAGUCACCCAAAAAACCCAUGCUGGGGGACCGGAUGCGCUCCUUCUCCAUUGAGGAUCACGGCAUGGAGCCGGAACGUUUCCAGAGGGCUGCUGAUGUGCUGGCACGUCACUACGGGAGUGGAGGACUCAGGAAUACAAACACCAACAACUCUCAUAGGAGAGGACCAUACAGCUAUCCUGAUGAAGAAGAAGAAAUCAAAGUCUAACACUAUGAGAUGCCUCAGGUCUAAAUCGCAGAGCACAUUUAAAUGGAUAGUUCAGCCAAAAACGUCUUAAUUUCUUCAGCCUCAUGUUGUUCCAAACCUGAUUCUUUCCUUUGUGAUAUAAUUAAAAGUAGUUUCAAAGAAUGCCACUUUUUCAUUUUAAUGUAAUUGAAUGAGGACUGGGCCUAUUAAGCUCCAUAACUUUAAAAACACCAAGAAAGUAUCAUAGAUGCAGUUCAGAGUUUUCUGAAAGCAUUUUAGAGUACAGUGAGGAUCAAACCAAAAUUCCAAGAAGUUAUUAUUGAAGUGAUUAUGUUCUUUUCUUCUGGGCUGUGAACUGAAUUACCGAGUCAUUCGAGCAGCAAAUCAGUUCUGGUUCAAUUUCGAACGAAUCAUCCAGACUGGUUUUCUGUAUUGGAUAAGCAUAAUGAUAAUAAAGAUAAUGGUGACAAUUUUUUCAGAAAUAUGACAUUAUAACUACUAGAACAGAUGUCAAUGAAAAACAAAAAUAAAUAAUAAUGUAAAUGGAUGUUCCAUCUAAAAAUAAAAAACAAUUGUAAAUUCACCCGCAUGUCAAUCCAAAAACUGACUUUCGUUCUUCUGUAGAACACUAGAAGAUCAUUUCAUGUAAAAAGUACAACAUACAGUAAAAGUCAGUGGAGUUCAAAUUGUUGUUUGGUUUCUAAUGUUCAUCAAAAUCCCUUAGUCCUGCAGAAGACAGAAAUGCUUGGAGAGUUGAGAAUGACAUGAUGGGUAGAGUGUCCCUUGAAAAGCAAUUAAAUAAUAAAUUAGAAAUGUAACGUCAUAAUGAAAUCUGCUCUGUUUCUCACAGAAAGCUAUUGCAUGAUUCCAGAGGACUACCUACAACCCUCAAGUCAAUUGGAUCGCUUUUAUAAAACUUUUGGUGCUUUUUUUUAUUAAAGUUUUUGAAAUGGCAGCCCAGGUUCUUAUUAAAAUUAAUUUCAUGAAAAAAGCACCAACAUUAAACGUCUAAAAUGUUUGUUACACAAAGGAGGCUCAUAAUGACAUGAGAGUGAUGACUGAAUUAUAAUUUUUGGAUGAACUAUUCCUUUAAAACUAUUUCUAAAUUUUGCAAUGGGGAAAAUGAAGGUGAAUUAACUAUUAUUUACGCCUAUGCCGAUGGUGUUUUAUAGAAAGUAUUACAAACAAAAAGAAUUACCUGCCAUAUGAGUGAAUCUACAUUUUGCAAAUAUUAAGCAAGAACAUUCUCUAGUAUUGGCAUCUUGAAUUUUCUCCUAUGUUUGAUCCUACCAUCUCAUCCUUACCCAAACAUUAGCUUUUAUCCAGGGAAAUAAAACCUGCCACGGUUGCUCUGUAAUGCACAGUAAACACAGCUAGCUAUACAAUGGUAACAAUAUGCCAUUAAAAUAUGCAAUAUUUUAGUUUACAAUAUUUAGAUUUCAAGUAAACCUAUGCAAUGUACAGUGGUGAUACCAUGUAAAAUACAGACAUAUACCUGCUAGCAAUCUUGUAUCUACUACUCAAAACACUUUACAUUUUGCAUUCAUGUAGUUUUAAUAGCUCAUUGUUGCAGUAGAAUUAUUUUCUGAGAAACCGGCGAACAAGAAAUAUUGGUCACUGCGAUGCACGAAACUGUGAUGUGCUUUAUGUUUUCACAUCAGUACAAAACAACAGCAGCCAUACUGUCAUUUAUCUUUUCUUUAUUACAUGAUAAAUACCUUAAGAUCAACACAGUAUACAGUAAUAUUAUAUGAUGUCCACCAGCUUUUAUCAAUGUAUUAUGGAAUUAUGAUUAAAUAUUAAUAUGAAUUUUAUUUGAAUUUGUUUCUGACAGAGGAGUUGACCUCUCCGUUCCCUUAAUCACAAUAUAAUAUGUACAUACUGUACGUAUGUGCGGCUUUGCACAAGAAAGUUGCAAAAUAGCAAUGUAUGUUACCUGCAAUGUUUUCAUUAAAAUAAGCUAUGAACAACA